GAGAUAUUUGAGGGUGGGUUUUAGAAUUGAAGAAAUUAAUUUCCUCUUCAAUUAACGAUCUGUGGGGAGAGAGAGAGAGAGAGAGAGAGAGAGAGAGAGAGAGAGAGAGGCGUUUCUUCUACUGCCAUUGAUAGUUUCAGACAAGCAAAUCUCACUCUAAAGGUGGGAUUCAUCUCUUCUGCAACUUUCUCUCCUUUUUCUUUUUCAUUCUACAAAAAGUUUUACCAGAAAAAAAAAAAAAGAUCAGAACUUCAUUCUGAAAUCUCGAAACCCAGAUUCGGAAACUCAUUUUUCUCAGCGAAAGUUUUGUUUUUUAAAACGAAAAUCCAAAAAAAAAAGAGCAGAACAGAACAUAACUCAGCUGCUGUCUCUUGUUCUUCCUUUCUUCUGGGUUUCGUGUUUUUUCGUCCUCGUCUUUUGUGAGAAUAAGAGAGAGAUUGAUGAGAAUCUGAAGAAGAAGGAAAGAUACCACAUUGGGAAAUAAAGGACUUCCUUAUUGGGAAUCGAUGUUGUAGAUUUUGUCAUUUUGGCAUCAGAAAACCAUAAAUCACUGAAUUUCCUUUCCCGCAAACAUUUAUCUCUCUUUUUAUGGACUGCUGAAUAUCGUUCAGAUAUGCACAAGAGUCUUCUUUUGGCCUGAAAUUUCACUUCUCCCCAUAUAUACUUACAUAUAUACAUAUAUAGAGAGAGAGCCAAGGAUCCUCUCUUCUUCUGAGAGAGAGAGAGAGAGAGAGAGAGAGAGAGAGAUCGAAGAUUAUAAUGUGGUGGUGGUCGUCAACGAAGGGUCGAUCGAAUCUGGAGAGAUUUCUCCGAGGAAUCACUCCAAGGCCUCCCUCUUUGACUCUGCCGCCGAGCAGGGCGGGGGAAGUGAACAGGAUGUGGAAUCCUCGGCCGGGCAAAGAGGAGAUGGAGUAUUUCAGGCUCGGUGAUCUCUGGGACUGUUUCGACGAGUUGAGCGCGUAUGGACUCGGCACUCACGUCGAGUUAGACGACGACGAAAGCGUGACUCAGUACUACGUACCUUACCUGUCCGCCAUUCAGAUCUUCACUAACAAGCCCUCCUCCGUCUCCAGGAACCAUAGCGAAGUGGUUGAAUCCGAGAGCGAGUGUUGGAGCGAUGAUAGUGAGAGUGAAAAGCUUUCGGGGUCGCUGAGCAACGAUUUGUGCAAGACUUGGGACGGGAUUUCCGAAGAUUCGAGCUUUGAUCAGGUUCAGGAUACGACAGCUCUUGUGCAAGAUAGGCUCGGCUACCUCGACUUUGAGUAUUUCGAGACAGUUGUUCCUUAUCUUCGGGUUCCUCUUUCGGAUAAGAUAAACCAGUUGGCAGAAAAGAACCCGGGACUUAUGUCGCUUAGGAGCAUUGAUUUGUCUCCUGCAAGUUGGAUGGCGGUUGCGUGGUACCCGAUAUACCAAAUUCCCUCCCGGAAGAACGAGAAAGACUUGGCGACGCGGUUUCUAAGCUAUCACACGUUAUCCUCGUCUUUCCAAGACGAUCUGGUCGAAGCAGAGGACGACAAGAAGACAGAGGAAGGAACGUGUUGUUGUCUCGAUGAAGAAGAAGCGGGGGCUGCGGCGACGUGCAAGAGAAUUCCGCUCGCGCCGUUCGGGAUAGCGACGUAUAAAAUGCAAGGAGAUCUCUGGGCGAAACCGGGAACGUACGACCAGGAACGGUUGGUUUACCUGCAGAGGGCAGCGGAUUCGUGGCUGAAACAGUUGAACGUUCAUCACCAUGACUAUAGCUUCUUUGCGGUUAACUCGACAAUGUAGUUGCAGAAGAUGGGGAUGGAGAUGAUCAAUCUGUGUUUGGUAUCGUUGGAUUUUGUCGUUCUUAUGUCUCUGUGGCUCGUGUUGUGUUGUUUUAGGUAGCAACCGCCAUUUCCGAGCUUUCCUUCCUCUGAGCUUUGAAUCCAUGGAAGGUGAGACAAUGUAAAUGGAGUUUUUUUUUUUUGGACUUUUGUUUUUUUUUUCUGCUGGAUCUGCUUUGUAGUUAGUUCUCUGGAUAUCUACAGUUUUUUUGUUUUGUAAAUCUGUUUGUUACCA